AUGGAGGCCCAGAAUGCUCAGCCCUUCCGCUGGCACUACGACAUGCUUGACGACAACAACUUCCACGUCCACGGCCGCGGCCUCCUCCUCCUCUCCUUCUCCGCUCUCCUAUCCUUGGCCCUCCUCUGCUUGUACCUUUGGUGGGCAUGUCGCUACCGCCGGUGGGCGGCUGAAACGGGCUCAGCGAGCCUGCCUUCUGCCGCGAUGUCGCCUUGUAAGGCCGGUCUGGACCCAGACACCAUCGGCAGCUUCCCGGUGCACCUACACCGAGCGCCAGGGACCGGCGACGAGGCGUCGCAGUGCUCCAUAUGCCUCAGUUGCUACAUGGAAGGGGAUAAGAUCAAGGUGUUGCCGGGUUGCGACCACGGCUUCCAUCCGGAGUGCGUUGAUGAAUGGUUACGGGCGCAGGCGAACUGCCCGCUCUGCAGGGCUUCGCUCGUCCGGUCAUCGGUGGCUAAGGAGCCGGAGGCCAUGCCUUGA